AUGAGCGUUGUUCCCAUGAGGAGAGUCCUGAAUGACAACGUGGGCUCCGGAGAGGAUGUGAAUAUGAGCUCUGGGAUAGAGAAGGUGAUCAGCAAGGAGCCUUUCUCCUCCCUGCUCCCUCGACUGCAUUCAUCUUCUCACUCUACAGCCUAUCAUCUAUCUGAUCAGGUUUACCUACAGGCUGCAGAUAUUUUCCAGCAGCUGUGUAGAGACAAGCCAGCCAGCCAACAUCAGCGUCUACAUUAUGGAAAAAAGACGGAAACAUCGCUGCUCAAGAGCAGGGACAAAACCAUGGAGAAGCAUGUGUUCCAGCUCGCCUUUAACACACUUAAAUAUCAAGAUUUACUCGAGGACAUCAUCUCCGACAGCUGCUUCCAUACUUCGCAGCAUAUUUCUGACGACUUGCUGCCUUUGGCGAUGGUGAUGCUGUUCGACUUUCAGGACAAAAAGUUUUCUCCGUGUGAACGUCCAACGAUAGGAGGGCAAGAACCAAUCCAGGAAGUCAGGAACCUGGAGAAAAGUCUGCACAGGUGUAAGACCAAGCUGGCUGCCUCUCUAGCUCGCUGCAGAGUGAAGCAGAAUCUGCAGAGUGUCUCCUGCUUCCUGUCCGACAGUGUCAGGACCAAACAGCACCGAGCAAGAGGUCUGCCACUGUGCGCAUGGAUCGAUACUCUCAAGAUCAGUCUUGACGAGAUGUGUGAAGCGUUACAAAGCGCCGGUUUGUGUCAAGCAGAGAACGUGACUGAACUCAAGGAGUUCACGUUCUGUAGGGACCCCCUCUGUCCGGACACACUCAUCUUCUCGCAGCAUCUUCAAGCUUGGCUCCAGCACAGCAGCCUCACCACCACACGUGUGCUGAACAUACAGGACAGGAGCGUGUGCGUGGCAGCGAGUGUGUUACGCCCCCUGCUGUUUGAUAAAAACGACGUCCUGCUGGCGGGGGCCUUCUCGGCCAUGACCGUGGCACACGUGGCUGUUGUGGCUGCUGCCCGCUCGGUCCGAGUGCUGGUGUGUGGAGCUGAUCACAACCCCUCACACAAAGAGGAGAUCCAGGAACUGCUCACACAGAUGGACUUAAAAAACGUUCGUGUCCUGUCACAAGCGUUUUACGGUCUGGAUGACGGAGAUGCCACCGUCCAGCGAGUAAAGGCCAUCAUGGUGCUGCCUCAGUGCUCGUCUUCUGCCCUCAACGACCCGGUGCCCGCUAUCCACAGUGAACAUGGAGACUGGGGUCUGCUGCCAGAUUUGUCCCAUGGUUCUGUUUCCAAGAGAAAAAUAAACUCUCUGACCACCCAGCAGGCAAAACUGCUGGCACACGCUCUCACCUUCCCAAAGGUUCAGACUGUGGUCUACUGCACACGCUCAGUGUAUCCCGAGGAAAACGAACAGCUGGUGAAGAGAGUGUUAGAGAAAACACACACUCACCCCAAACUGCUGCCCUACAGGGUGAAUGGUCCAAUUUUCCCAGACGACUCCUCGCCAGGAGGCGAAGCGGACUCACACAAGUUUUUCAGGCUCGAACCAUCGAAGGUCACCAAUGGCUGCUUCGUUGCCAGACUGUCCCGACAGGCAGAUCCUACUAAGGUGGAAACAGUCCAAGAUGUGCUGGCAAGGGCGGCGGCAAAGGGCCUUCUGGGCGGAAUGAUUCCCGAACAAUCAAAUGCUGCUAAAAAGGGGAAAAGCAAGAAGAAUCGAGCAGCAUCAGCUAGCAGCAAACCUUCAUCCUCCUCCAGCCUUGAGAGGGAGACUGGAGGGGAGCUGCCAAAUGGACGAGAUCCAUUCACACCUUCAGGAGAUGAAGAGGAGAAAGGCGAGGGAGAUGGUGGUGAAGAUGAGGAGGAGGAAAAAGUGGGCGAGACAGAGAAAGAGGGGGAAAAUAAGAGGAGGGGGCAUAAAGGGCGUAAGCGAAAAGGCCAUCCAAAGCAAAGCAAGAAGACUACUGUCUCCACGCAUGAACCUAAAGGCCACAAGAAGAAACAGACAAAGAAAAAAGUCAACCAAUCACAUCACAAGAGGCGUCGGACGAAAAGCAAACCGAGACGAAUACCUCGCCUUACACUAGCUUUAAUGUCCUCUGCAAAACCCUCCAACCACUUGUCUCCAAUCACAGCUCUGGCACAGAGGAUGAGCAUCAAUCCAGCAUAUAAAUCACAGCAGACAUUACUCAGCACGCCUUCCCCCUCUGGAAAGCAUCCUUCAACCGCUCUUCCUGCCAUACCCGCUCCCCACACAGCCUCCACGGGACUAAACACACAGCCUGAAAGAGCACAGGAAACAUCGAAGGACGCCGCUAAACCAGCAAAAGAGGCUGUCAGAGCUGACAAUGUGGGGCUGCCACCAAUCUCCUCCACCUCUCUGCGCAGCAGGAGUGGCAGUUCUGGCUACAGGCCUCCGUCUGGGACCUCCAACUCCCAGCAAGGCAACAUGUCUACAUCUUCAACCUCAAUCUCUCUGCCUGAUGUAUAA